AUGGAAGGGCCCCUGGAGUAUGGGGAUGAAUCCCCAGACUCCCAGGGCCAUGCCACAGAUUGGAGAUUUGCUGUGUGCGGUUUCAGGGAUGCCUGGGAGGAGGAGGAACCUGCUCCCCAGCUGCAGGUCAAGGACUCCAAACCUCUAAGUGCACCAGCAGGGGCAGCCCAGGGUGAAGGGCUACACAGCAGCCCUUUGUCCAGGGAGCUUCAAUUACCCCCAGAACAGAUGGCUUCAGAUGGGCCAGGAGAUGCCCAGAAGAUUACAUUAGGAGGCUCCUCAGUCCAGUCAAAGGAGCUGGCCCCCUCUGGAGUGGAGAGUCUCCUGUGUCCCACGUCGUCCCACCUCAGCCUGGCACAGGGUGAGAAUGACAGCUCAGGGAUAGGCUUGGUAGGGGACCCAGAUCCAAGCAGGGCAAUUCUAGCCAGCUUGGGCCCUGGGGAGUUGGACAGUGACCCUGUGGACCUUGGAGACACUUUAUCAGAGACAUCAUCAAAGCUGCUGGAGGCAGACUCCAGCGGAUCCAGCCUUCCUAAGCCUACUGACUGUCUCCUGGCCCAGGACCUCACCUGGGAGCUGCUGGCCAGUGGCAUGGCUACCUUGCCAGGGACUAGGGAUAUAGAAGGCCGAGCAGUACUGCUUCUGUGUGCCCACAGCCCAGCCUGGGUUCACCCCAAGUGUAGCAGCCAUGAAUUCAUCCGCCUCCUGCUGUACCUGCGAAGCAUCCCCAGGCCCGAAGUACAGGCCCUGGGACUGACAGUGCUAGUUGAUGCCCGAAUUUGUUCCCCAAGCUCAUCCCUGUUCUUGGGGCUCGGCCAACUACAAGAAGCAGCCCCAGGGUCGGUGCACCAGGUGCUGCUAGUAGGAAAAAUGCCAGAGGAGGUGCCUUCUGGCCUACAGCUGGAGCAGCUGCCCUCUUAUCAGAGCCUGCUGACCCACAUCCCCACUGCGGGGUUGCCCACUUCACUGGGAGGAUAUCUGCCUUACUGUCACCAGGCCUGGCUGCAUUUCCGGAUGCGUCUGGAAGCCCUACUGCAGAGCUGCCGAGAGGUUUGUGCCCUGCUCCAGGGGGCCAUCAAGAGUAUGAAGGCUGUGCCCCAGCCCGUGGAGUGUGGGGAAGCUGGUCAGCUGCUACGGCAGGCACGGGUCCUGAUGCAGCAGGUGCUAGACUCACCACAGCUGGCAUGGCUACAAUGCCAGGGGGGCAUGGAGCUGGCGCGGCUGAAGCAGGAGGUCCUGGAGGUGAUCCUAAGUCCAGACUACAGGCCAGCAGUGGACAAGGCUGGUGAGCUGUAUGGCCGUGUGGAUGGACUGCUGCAUCAACUGACCCUUCAGAGCAACCAGCGAGUACGGGCUCUAGAGUUGGUUCAGAUGAUGGAAGGCCAAGAGGGCAGGCUGCACCAGAUUGAAGUGUGGCUACAGCAGGUGGGCUGGCCAGCACUGGAGGAGCCAGAGGAUCCCUCACUGGACAUGCUGCUCCAGGCCCAAGGCCCUUUUCGGGAGCUGGACCAGGUUGCCCAAGAGCAGGUCAGGCAAGGGGAGAAGUUUCUACAGCCGCUGGCUGGCUGGGAGGCAGCCGACUUGGGCCCCUGUGGAGCGCGAUUUCUGGCCCUGCGAGCCCAGCUGACUGAAUUCUCUAGGGCUUUGGCCCAGCAGCGCCAGCGGCUGGCAGAUGCUGAGAAGCUGUUUCAGUUCUUCAAGCAGGCCUCAACGUGGGCUGAGGAGGGACAGCGGGUGUUGGCAGAGCUGGAGCAGGAGCGCCCAGGGGCUGUGCUGCAGCGGCUGCAGCUGCACUGGACAAAGCACCCUGACCUGCCUCCUGCACACUUCCGAAAGAUGUGGGCUCUGGCCUCAGGGCUGGGAUCAGAGGGCAUCCGCCAGGAGUGCCGCUGGGCCUGGGCGCAGUGCCAGGACACCUGGCUGGCCCUGGAUCAGAAGCUAGAGGCUGCCCUGAAGCCACCAUCGGUGGGUAGCACAGCUAGCCUGUGUGUCAGCCGGGUCCCCAAUGUACCUGCCCCACCUCCCCUGAGGAAGUCCUACAGCUUUGAUCGGAAUCUGGGGAAGAGUCUCAGCAAACCUACCCAUCACUGCCACCGUGCGGCCAUUGUCACUGCCUGCCACGGACCAGAGGCUAGAGGAGGUGCCCAGCCCCAGCUAUCCCCUCCUGUGCCUCCACUAGGCAGCUCUGACCCCAGGAGUCCCAGCAGGCUACAGCUGGUGCUGGCAGAGAUGGUGGCUACCGAGCGGGAGUAUGUCCGGGCCCUCGACUACACCAUAGACAACUACUUCCCUGAGCUGGAUCGCCCUGAUGUGCCCCAGGGCCUCCGCGGCCAGCGUACCCACCUCUUUGGCAACCUGGAGAAGCUGCGUGACUUCCAUUGCCAUUUCUUCCUGCGUGAGCUGGAGGCUUGCACCCGGCACCCACCCCGAGUGGCCUAUGCCUUCCUGCGCCACAGGGUGCAGUUUGGGAUGUAUGCGCUCUACAGUAAGAACAAACCUCGCUCUGAUGCCCUGAUGUCCAGCUAUGGUCAUGCCUUCUUCAAGGACAAGCAGCAAGCACUGGGGGACCACCUGGACCUGGCCUCCUACCUGCUGAAGCCCAUCCAGCGCAUGAGCAAGUAUGCGCUGCUGCUGCAGGAGCUGGCACGGGCCUGCGGGGGUUCCACGCAGGAGCUGAAUGCCCUGCAGGCAGCCCAGAGCCUUGUGCACUUCCAGUUGCGACACGGCAAUGACCUGUUAGCCAUGGACGCCAUCCAGGGCUGUGAUGUCAACCUCAAGGAACAGGGGCAGCUGGUGCGACAGGAUGAGUUCAUGGUGCGCACUGGGCGCCACAAGUCCCUACGCCGUGUUUUCCUUUUUGAGGAGCUGCUGCUCUUCAGCAAGCCUCGCCGUGGGCCUGCAGGUGUUGACACAUUUGCCUACAAGCGCUCCUUCAAGAUGGCAGACCUUGGCCUCACCGAGUGCUGCAGGGACAGCAAUCUGCGCUUUGAGAUAUGGUUCCGUCGUCGCAAGGCCAGGGACACCUUUGUUCUUCAGGCCUCCAGCUUGGCCACCAAGCAGUCCUGGACGGCUGACAUCUCCCGCCUGCUCUGGCGGCAGGCUGUCCACAACAAGGAGGUGCGUAUGGCUGAGAUGGUGUCCAUGGGUGUUGGGAACAAGGCGUUCCAGGACAUUGCCCCCAGCGAGGAAGCUAUCAACGACCGCACCAUCAACUACAUCCUAAAGUGCCGAGAAGUUCGCUCUCGGGCCUCCAUUGCUGUGGCCCCAUUUGACUAUGACAGCCCCUACCUGGGGGCCUCGAGCUCCCUUCCUGGAGACCCUGCCUCUUGCUCUGUUCUGGGGCCCCUCAACCUGCACCUAUAUAGAGACCCAGCUCUUCUGGAUCUCCGCGGGCCCCUGUAUCCUCCCAACUUCCCAGAGGAAGCAGCGCUGGAGGCUGAGGCGGAGCUGGGCAGCCAGCGCUCUCUGACUCCUGAGGACUCAGAGGUCUCAUCCCAGUGCCCAUCAGCCAGUGGCUCCAGUGGCUCUGACAGUAGCUGUGUGUCAGGGCAGGCCCUGGGCAGGGGCCUCGAGGACUUGUCCUAUGUGAGUGCCAUCUUGCCCUAUACUCACCAGCCCCUCCCCAGCCUGCCUUUCCUGUAGGCAGAGCUGGGGGUGGGCAGGCCAGAGCUAUUCUCCAGAGACCUCCCUAGACUCAGAGCUAGGGAAACAGGCAUUCAUGCCU